AAUAAAGUGUUUCUAUUAGGAUACAGUGAACAUUCUGCCAUCACCUGCUGCUUAAUAAACAUGGCUUUACCUCUUCUACCAGGAAACUCAUUUAACAGGAAUCUGGGAAAGGACAAAUUCCACAAAUCCCAACAUUUUGGCUACAGCAAUGACAUUUCCAUGCUACUGGGUGAAGAAAAGCCAGGCAUUGGAGGGGAACCUCUUCCUGGGCAGAAGCUAAAGCCUAAAUUCAGUGUAUAUCCUAAAGGCAUUGGCAGUGACGCUCCAUCUUGGGUGGCAUUUGAAAAACAGGUUCUUUCAUUUCAAGCAUACUUUGAAGAAGAGGUUAAUCAAAAACGUGAAGAAACCUAUAGAAUACGGCAAUGUAAAAUAUAUUUCUACCUAGAAGAUGACACAAUUCAAGUAGUGGAACCUCAAGUAAAAAAUAGUGGCAUUCCCCAGGGCACAAUAAUCCGCCGCCAUCGAAUUCCUCUUCCACCACCUAAUGAGGAUCAGUUUUACAAAGUGGAUCACUUUAAUAUAAAUAAGGAUAUUGUCUUCUACUCCAGAACUUACACUAUUGUAAACUGUGAUGAAUUUACUAGAAAUUUUCUCAGAAAACUUGGUGUUCGAAUAAACCCUCCAGGCACAUUUCCAAAGGAUCCUUACUCUACAAUACGUACAAAGAUGGAGGAUAAUAUGCAGCCUUUACGUCCGUACGAGCGCAUAGACACACUGAAGCAAUUCCUUGACCAUGACAGACAAGUUUUGAGAUUUUACUGCAUGUGGGAUGACAGCCCAACUCCUUUUGGAGACAUAAGAAAUCUUAUUUUACAUUAUUACUUGGCUGACGACACAAUUGAACUCAUUGACAUUAUACCACCAAAUGCUGGCAGAGACACGGUUCCUGUCUUUCUCCACCGAGGAAAGCUUCCAAAGAAUGGGCCUGUAAAGAUGUAUAAGCCUGGUGAGAUCACAGCACGUACUGUUUUAAAUGUGUUUGGACCAAUGGGACAUGGAGGCCGCUAUAUUCUUGAUAAUCUUAAAACUGGGGCUGUGCAUCAGGAAUUUUAUAAAGACUCUGACCUGACAAUAGGGGGCAUCAUAAAUGUUUGGGGAAGAAAGAUAAUUCUUUGCAACUGUGAUGAAUUCACCAAGAAUUAUUAUAGAACUAAAUAUGGAAUUGAGGACUUUACCCCAGUUGAAUAUAAGGCAUCACCACCUCCAACAAUUGAGAGGAAAAUUCCACCAUACAAUGGAUUUGGUUCUGAGGAGGAUUCUCUUUGUUCUUGUAUGGGAAUUCUACCCAAACCCCCUCAACGAGAUUUUAGAAAAUUCAUGGAGAAGGACAGGAAUGGACUUGAAAGUAAUGUGCUGAGGUUUGUUGCAAAACUUGACACUGACAACCCAAUUGAUAAAGACAGAAAAUUCAUUUUAUCAUAUAACUUAAGUGAUGACACCAUUGUUGUGUUUGAACCUCCACAAAGAAACUCAGGGAUCCUUGGAGGUAAAUUUUUGGAAAGAUGUCGUGUUAAGAAACCCGGACAAGAGAUUUUUAAAAGUGAGCUGUCCGAGUACUUUAAAGCUGAAGAUCUUUAUGUUGGGGCAAGAGUUAAUUUGCAGUCACACAACUUUAUUCUAGUUGAUGCAGAUGAGUAUGUGUUCAAUUACAUGGAGAAGAAUCUUAAUCAGUUUCCUAUGGCAGACCUUGGUACAGUUGUAAGCAAAAUAAGGAGUAUUGUGGAAUCCAGGUCAAGAGAACUUAACCAGCUAUUUGCAGCUAAUGAUACUGAAAGCAGGAAUGAAAUGCAAUAUGAAACUUUCAGAAAUUUACUGGUACAAAUUUCAGAUGGAAAACUUACUGAGCAUGAAAUCAUGACUGUUGGACGCCACUACAGUAUAAGAGAAAAUCCAGAGGUUGACAUUAGUGUGCUCCUUUCUGUAGCCCAAGAACAACUAAAGAAAAAAACAUUUGAAGAUUUCAGCAAACUUAUGGAUGCCUGUGUAUACAAUGAUCGUGAAAGGAAGGGUUCGCUAUCCUUACAGGAAACAAAAACAAUUUUUAAGGCUUUCAGGAUUCCUUUGGCAGAUGACAUUCUUCGAGUGAUAAUGGAUAAGUAUACAGACAAUGAUGGUCAAAUUAGCUAUGCGAAGCUUGUCGCUGCACUAAACUGGAGAGAAAAUCCUGUUCCAGCACAGCAGAAGACGCCAAUUAAGUAUGAUCCUGACUGGAGUGGACAAACUACAUCUCAUGCAGUAAAGAGUGUGAACUAUCUCCUUCUUCUAGAUGAUUUGUUUGGUCAACAGGACUGAUUUGAUUGAAGAAUAUAAAGCGCUUAAGCUUUAAUAGCAUGUAUUUCUAUCCAUUUCUCCUCAAUGUCUUAAGAAGAAUAAAUUGUGAACAUGACAAAAA